AUGGAGAAAGAAAACAACGUGACAGAGUUCAUCCUCCAUGGACUGACACAAGAUAAGAGAGUGGCAAAAGUUUGCUUCUUGGUAUUCUUAACCUUCUACAUCACUAUCAUUGUUGGAAACCUGCUUAUCAUCAUUACUGUAAAGACAAGUGAACAGCUGAGCUCUCCCAUGUACUUCUUCCUGAGCCACUUGUCUUUUGUGGACAUCAGUUACUCUACUGUCAUAGCUCCCAAACUCAUUUAUGACCUUCUUCUUGAGAAGAAGACCAUCUCUUUUGUGGGCUGCACAGCUCAACUGUUUGGGGGCCAUUUCUUCAGGUGCACUGAGAUCUUCCUUCUCACAGUGAUGGCCUAUGAUCGUUGCACUGCUAUAUGCAAGCCGCUUCAUUACACAAAGAUCAUGACCAAACCCGUCUGCAUCUGGCUGGUGGCAGCUUCUUGGGUGGGAGGCUUUGUACACUCCAUGGUGCAGACGCUGCUGGUCAUUCAGCUGCCUUUUUGUGGGCCCAGUGAGAUCGACCACUAUUUCUGUGACGUUCACCCUUUACUGAAGCUGGCUUGCACUGACACCUAUAUCACUGGUAUCAGUGUGAUUGCCAAUAGUGGUGUGAUUUCCCUGGGCUGUUUCAUUGUUCUUAUUGUGUCCUACACUGUAGUCUUGGUUUCUUUGAGGGCGUGCUCUUUUGAAGGGCACCUCAAAGCUGUCCGUACGUGUACUCUCCAGAUCACUGUUGUAGUUCUGCUCUUUGGGCCGGGCAUUUUCAUCUAUAUGCGCCCUUCCACCACCUUCUCAUCAGACAAGACAGUCUCUGUGUUCUACACUGUCAUCACUCCUAUGCUCAAUCCCUUGAUCUACACCCUCCAAAACAAAGAAGUGAAAAAUGCCAUUAAAAAGUUGUGGAGCAGGAAAGUGCAGAGGAGUGAGAAGUGA